CCAGCUCCGCUCCCGCUUGCACUUGACCUUCCUCUCUGCUCAGCGCACGAUGUGUCACUCUCGAAGCUCCCUCCCAACUAUGACUGUCCUGCAGGCCCCGACCCCCGUCCCCUCCAACAGCCCGGGAUCCCGGAGGGGCUCCGGUCCCGAGAUCUUCACGUUCGACCCUCUCCCGGAGCCGGCGAGGGCCCCCACCGCGCGCCCCAGCAUCUCUCGCGGGCACCGCAAGCGCAGUCGUCGGGUCCUCUACCCACGAGUGGUGCGGCGCCAGCUGCCUGCCGAGGAUCCGAACCCCGCCAGAAGGCUCCUCUUUAUCCUGCUUACCAUCGUCUUCUGCCAGAUCCUGAUGGCUGAAGAAGGUGUGCCGGCGCCUCUGGCCGGGGAAGACGACCCCAGCGCGGCGACCCCAGAGCCCACCCCACUGCCCCCCGUCUUUGAGCCGCUCAAUCUGACCUCGGAGCCCUCGGACUACUCUCUGGACCUCAGCACUUUUCUCCAGCAACACCCGGCCGCCUUCUAACCGUACCUCCCCACUCUCCCCAAAAAAGAAUCUGAAACAAAGAACCACCAGGCGUACCUGGUGCGCAAGAGCGUAUCCCAAACUGGGACGGCCGAGGCAACUCCAACUCAGAACACUACAGGGAAGACGCCGGCGGCGCCGGGGAGACCAGCACCCACGCCAGGGCCGAGCCGGCGGGGCAGGAGGCGGCUUUAACUUAUUCUCAUUGCUCCUAAUUAAUAUUUAAACGUAUUUAUGUAUACCCCCUAGUUGGAGGGGUGUAUGUAAUAUUUAUUUUAACUUAUGCAGUGGUGCGAGAGGUGCUCCUCUCUGUUGACACGGAUCGCUUGUUAUUUAUUGAGCUUUGUGGGCGAGGUGGAGGGAGGGCGCCUGGAAACGAGGGGGAACAGAAGGGGUGCCCAGGUCCGCGGGGGCGCCCGGGCUGGGAGUCACGGUCGGUGGCGGGUCGUAGGUCUUGGGGCUGACGCUCUCGGUCCUCCAGCAUCCCAGCUCCGCGGGUCUGCUGAGACGUCGGCGACUUUGGGAAACAGAUCCUUGGACUCGAGUUCCUCGAAGUUGCCCCCGAGCAGUGGCUGCGGAGAGGAGGGCUGGCGGGCUGUCUAGGGCGGCUGUAGGGUCGCCCGGUAUGUUCUGUGAACACAAAUAAACUCGAUUUACUUUUAACAAUCAUCUGAGUGUAUCUUUGCGAGCGGCGAUUCCCCAUUCCAGCCUUGGCGCCCCAAGGACGGGCGGGAGGGGCCGCCAGCCCCGGAACCCAGCAUCCGGGGGCCGGAUGCAGUCGUUGGCGG